AUGAUUACGUCGCCCGCGAUCUCGGAAGGGGUGAAAAGGCUCCCGCCCUUCAUAUCGUCACUGCCAAAUCCACCGGACAAACUGGUCUUGUUCACCAACUCUUCCAUUUCAAGGGACCAAGGACCUUUGGCCAAUUCCAAAAAAUGCCAUUUUCACGGACAUCAUCGAAUAGCAAGAAUGCCGAGUAGUGAAUCUUCUGAAGUGGGCGGUAGACCAACUUCGGAAGCCUACCAGUUGCUAGGGCCGAAUGAGGGAUUCAAGCCGAUGCUGAGUGGUACACGCGAAGAAAAGACUCAGAUUAACGGGAAGCCCAUUCAAUCACGCACAUCGUCUCAUCACUUGCAAGUGCCUAAGUUACCGCGAGUCCAGCCACAAAGGCACCGUCAACGACAGGUUCACUGGUUGGAUCGGGCCCUGGAUUCAGCCCAAACCAUCGUAGCCGAGCGAGUCGAGUCGGUCGAGAGAUCCUGCAACAGUACAAGCAGAAUCGGAAGACAAACAGCACCCGUUGGCAUGCAAUCUGAUAGCAACCACAAUGCAGAGUGCGAUCCUGACGAGAUCUCAAGCUAUGAUUGGCCCAAAGGCUCAUUGGGACUCGCAUAUUCAAUAUCUCCGUUUGAAGCACCGCCUCUUCACCAGCCCAGGCAACAAUUCAAUUGUCGCGAAUUGAAACCUCUCAACUUGCUGCUAGUGCUGGGCGAUGAAGGGCCGCGACAGCAACGUCAGGCAGAUGCGCCUGCCUUGAUGCCGCCCCAGACAAACGACGCACCAAUCCGCUUCUCAAUCUGUGGACUGCGUCAGUGGAGCGAUGGUCCGCCGAAGAUGGCACAAGACUGUCUCCGUUUGCGUGAUCCGGUGGGAAAGGUGGGCAGAGCUGGGCUACCUUUCAACCAAAGCUCCGGAAUAGCUUGA